GGGGCCCCGGGAGGCGGUGGGCGACUCACGGGCGGGGCUACGCCCUCGGCUGCCCCUCCCAGGGGAAGGGGCCCGGCCCGGGGACAUUUUGUGCUGUGCCGGGGGCCGGGCACCCACGGAGGGCGGGGCGGGGCGGGCCCGGCGCGGCACAACGGGCGCGCUUAGCGCGGGGCGCGGCGACGGUGCUGGCAGCAGGUUCCCGUGCCGGGCAAGAGCAGAUGGCGGCCCUGCUCGUCCUCUACCUGCCCCUUCUGCCGGGGCUGGCCGGCGCCUUCAACCUGGACACGGACAACGUGAUCAGCUGGAGCGGGGAGACGGGCAGCCUCUUCGGCUUCUCGCUGGCCAUGCACCGGCAGCUGCAGCCGCAGGAGAAACGGCUAUUGCUGGUUGGAGCUCCUCGGGAAAAGGCCUUUCCAGCCCAACAAGCCAACAGAACAGGAGGGCUGUACAGCUGUGACAUUGCAUCUCCAAAUACAAAUUGCCUGCGUGUCAAAUUUGAUGAGGAGACUGACCCAAGGAUGGAGAGUAAAGAAGACCAGUGGAUGGGUGUAACUGUCCAGAGUCAAGGGCCUGGAGGAAAUGUGGUGACGUGUGCGCAUCGCUAUGAGAAAAGGCAGUAUGUAAACACAGUGCAGGAAACCCGGGAUAUCAUUGGAAGGUGCUAUGUGCUGAGCCAGGACCUCACUAUUAAGGAUGAUAUGGAUAAUGGAGUGUGGAGUUUUUGUGAUGGUCGUUUAAGAGGCCACGAGAAGUUUGGUUCCUGUCAGCAAGGUGUUGCUGCUACUUUUACUAGAGACUAUCAUUAUAUUGUGUUUGGUGCCCCAGGCACUUACAACUGGAAAGGGGUGGUUCGUGCAGAGCAAAAGAAUCAGACAUUUUAUGAUCUGGGUAUCUUUGAUGAUGGGCCUUACGAAGUUGGUGAUGAGAGCCGCCAGGAUAAGAAUCUAGUUCCUGUUCCAGCUAACAGUUACUUAGGUUUCUCUUUGGACUCUGGUAAAGGAAUUGUCUCCCAAGAUGAGAUGACUUUUGUGUCUGGUGCCCCAAGAGCAAACCACAGCGGAGCAGUUGUUUUACUAAAAAAAGAAAAAAAUCAGAGAGCACUUUCCCUGGAGCACAUGUUUGAAGGAGAAGGGCUGGCUUCCUCUUUUGGCUAUGAUGUUGCUGUUGUGGAUCUCAACAGUGAUGGCUGGCAGGACAUCGUUGUUGGGGCCCCGCAGUACUUUGACAGAAGCGGGGAUAUCGGGGGUGCCGUGUACGUCUACGUGAACCGCCAAGGCAAAUGGGCAGGGGUGAAGCCUCUCCGCUUAAACGGAACCACUGACUCCAUGUUUGGAAUUGCAGUAGAAAAUGUUGGGGACAUUAAUCAGGAUGGAUAUCCAGAUAUUGCGGUAGGGGCUCCAUAUGAUGGUUUUGGCAAAGUAUACAUUUAUCACGGAUCCAAGAAUGGAAUAAAUACAAAGCCAGCACAGAUUCUUGAUGGUGAAAAAACAAACACCAAUUUCUUUGGCUACUCUAUUGCUGGAAAUAUGGACCUGGAUAAAAAUUCCUACCCUGAUGUUGCUGUUGGUUCCCUGUCAGAUUCUGUAAACGUGUACAGAUCUCGGCCUGUGAUAAGCAUUAGAAGAAACAUUACAGUACAGCCUGAUAGAAUUGAUCUCAAGAAAAAGAACCCUGAGGACCAUGGUGAAAUCAGGAUGGAUGUGAAAGCAUGUUUUAAAUAUACUGCAAACCCCAGACAUUUAAAUCCAAGAAUAAAGAUCAAUUACACGUUUGAAGUGGAAAACGAGAGGCGGCAGCUGGGCCUGCCCUCCCGGGUGCGCUUCAGUGACCACUCCUCUGAUCAGUUCACUGCAAGUGCAACCCUCAGGGGACAGAACUCAUGGGAGUGUGUGACUACAAAGCUUAUACUGCACGAAAAAAUUAAAGAUAAGCUACGUCCCAUUCCAAUAUCAGUCAGUGUUAAAAUUGCUGGCCUGGAGUCACCAUCCAGGAGAAAAGAGAGUGCACUUCCAGAUCUUACACCAAUCCUAAAUUCAAAUGAAUCUGAAACAGAGACCACAAAGGUGGAGUUCUUAAAAGAAGGAUGUGGAGAAGACAAUGAAUGUCACAGCAAUCUUAAGCUUCAGUACCGGUUUUGUACGAGAGAGGGAAAUGAAGACAGGUUUACUUAUUUACCACUUGAAAAUGGCAUGCCAGUGCUUGUUCUAAAAGACCAGAAAGAUAUUGCCCUGGAAAUAACUGUGACAAACAAUCCAUCUGAUGUUAAAAACCCACAGAAAGAUGGUGAAGAUGCAUAUGAAGCUAAACUAAUUGCAACUUUCCCAGACAGUCUGACAUACUCUGCAUUCAGAGAGAUGAGGGGUUAUCCUGAAAAACAGCUAACAUGUGGUGCUAACCAAAAUGGUUCUCAAGCAGAGUGUGAACUUGGAAAUCCUUUCAAAAGAAAUUCUAAUGUAACCUUUUAUCUGAUCUUAAGUACCACUAAGGUUAAUGUUGAUACAACGGAUUUAGACAUUAACCUGAAACUGGAAACAACAAGCACUCAAGUUAAUUUGACUCCAAUUACUGCUAGUGCUAAAGUGGUUCUUGAAUUGCUUUUAUCACUCACUGGAGUUGCUAAGCCUUCUCAGGUAUAUUUUGGAGGUAACAUCAUUGGCGAGAGUGCAAUGAAAUCUGAAGAUGAUAUUGGGAACCUCAUAGAGUAUGAAUUCAGAGUAACUAACUUGGGCCGACCACUGAAAACAUUUGGCACUGCUUCCCUUGACAUCCAGUGGCCAAAAGAAAUUAGUAAUGGCAAAUGGCUGCUUUAUUUGAUGAAAAUAGACUCCAAAGGCUUGGAAAAAGUCUCCUGUCAACCCGAGAAUGAAAUCAACAGUUUGCAUGUUGCGGAAUCCCAUAACUCAAGAAGAAAACGUGAAGUUGCAGAGAAGCAGAUUACAGACAGCCAGGCAUUUUCUUUAUUCUCAGAAAGAAAAUACAAGACCUUGAGCUGCAAUGUGAAUGCACGCUGUGUGGAUAUAAAGUGUCCCCUGAAGGGUUUAGACAGCAAGGCAUCUAUUGUGCUGCGUUCCAGGCUGUGGAACAGCACCUUCUUAGAGGAGUACUCCAAAAUGAAUUACCUUGACAUUGUUGUUAGGGCUUCUAUCAGUGUUCCUGCUGCAGCUAAGAAUGUUAAACUCACAAAUGAAGUUGCUCAGGUGCGUGUUACUGUAUUUCCUGCAAAACCAGUGGCCCUUUAUACAGGAGUUCCAUGGUGGAUCAUUGCGGUGGCUAUCCUUGCUGGAAUACUCAUGCUUGCACUCUUGGUAUUCUUACUAUGGAAGUGUGGUUUCUUCAAGAGAAAUAAGAAAGAUCAUUACGAUGCCACAUAUCACAAGGCUGAGAUCCAUGCUCAGCCAUCUGAUAAAGAGAGACUUACUUCUGAUGCAUAGUACUGAUCUACUUCUGUAAUUGUGCGGGUUCUUCCGGCGUUCCAGGUACGAAGACAGCGUCCCCCGCUAUCACGCUGUAAGAAUUCGAAAAGAGGAGCGACAGAUCAAAGAUGGGAAAAGCCAAGACCUUGAGACAAAACAGUGGUUCACCAAAUGGAAUGAAAAUGAAAGUUAUUCUUAGGCAAAAAUGUUGUUCAUCCACAAAGUUCAGAUAGAGGUUAAGGUUGUCAUUCAUGGAAUACUGAUGGAGUUAGACCCGUGAACACUACGGACAUUCAUCAUUUGAUUGUAGAUAUUACUACUUAUAUUGAGGCUUUUAUUUGCACAGUUAAAAUGGCUUCAACAGACUUCAUUUGCCUUAUUUAAUUUCCACACUGCCUCUACAUCCCCCUUAAAUCUAACCCACACUUCAGAUAAUAUUAUGCUGAUGUGGGGUCUUUCCUGCAGAAUAAGCAAAACCACUACAGCAGACCUUUUGAUCCUCCUGUGAUCCUGACUUUCUUCCUAGUUAUUUAAGGCAUGCAUGAUUAAGGUCAAGAUGAGUUCUCCAUUGUUCCCUCAAUGCACAGUGCUUUACAAACACACAGUGGCCUUAUCACACUUCAUUAAAGUAUAACUGAAGACCUGCAAGUCUGCUUUAGUCGUAACCUUUGCCUGCUGCAGUAGUUAGGGCUUAACAAAAAGCAUCAUCUUAAAUUACGCGUGCAAUGGGUCAUGUUGCUUGAUUUUGGGUUAUUUUUUUUUUAAGAACAGACUGUGUGAUUCUUGCUCACACCAAAUAAACACAGGUUUUUUUUUUUAUUGUAAGAGAGGCUUGAAUAUUAGAUGUACUUUCUGUAUAUAUAUAUUUUAGUCAUUUUUGUAUUUAUUUUUAUUUUAAAUCAUUGUCUUUGACUAACUGGUAGGCUGAAGACUACUGAAUUUUUAAAUCCACUGUUCUGGUUUUUGUGUUUCUGUGUUUCAACUUCAAAGUAUGAGACCUGAGGCUUUCACUGCAUUUUAAUAAAUCACUGAAGGUGCCAGUGCUUUCUAAAAUGUAAAUAUUUAUGCAAAUGAUGUGUAUGGGUGCUUUCUUUUCCUGAUGCUUGUAACGUCAGGUCCUGUAACAUGAUUUGUAUAUUACUGUGGACUGUUUAACAAUUUGGACGCCAAACUGAAGUAAUGUUUUAGAUGCCAUUUUAUACUCACUGCAAGAAAGUGAAAAGUCCUUUGGAAACCUCUUUCCAGCUUCACAAGGACUUCGGGGUUGGCAAAAGGCCUUGACUACUGCAACUGCUGUACAGCACUUGGAGGCUACAGCUGCCUUGCUUUCCUGCACUGUCGGAUCUGAGCUGAUCCACGUUGAGACUACUGAAUCAUCUUGAAUACCUGAAUGUUGAUAGAAGCAGAACCAUGUUAUUAGUAAUCUGGUUAUUGUAACAUAACUGAGAAAAUGAUUUAAAGAGUUUACUUUUUUACCCAUAUUCUAAAGCCUUGGUACUAUUUAAGAAUAAAGAUUUAGCUCACAGUUGUUUAUUCCACGUGGAACAAGACUCUGCUCAAAAAGUAUGCAUGUUAAUUGCUUCUACUAUGAACUAUGCAAAAACCUCUUGGUACUUUUUCCCUUUAUAGGGUAAAAACCUGCUAGGAGGGCAGUUGUCAAAUAUCUUAUUUUUACUGCUAACUUUGAAUGUACCUUCUUGGAAGGUGUGGUCACCUAAAAAGUUACCUUUAGUGUUAACUAAGAUGAGUCCAUUAAACUAGAUAAUCUCAGUAUGUUAUGACCCUGACUUCAUGAGGCUUACAUAAUAAUUAUGUAUUAAUAUAUUUAGAUAUUAAUACAUAAUUAUGUAUUAAUAUAUUUUAGAAUCCUAGCUUAUUUGCUUAAAGGCUCAGCAGCAUCAGAAGCCAGGCUAAUCAGGGGCUAAGAAGCUUAAGAAAUACUCCUGAGUAUACAAUCAGAUUGUGGCCCUCAUCUAAGAAAAUGAAUGUCUUAGCAGUGUUAAAAUUCUUGAGAAAUAAGUCACGUCACUGGUAUAUUUUUAUCUCAAACUUCUGUUAUACCAGCUAAGAAUGCUACAUCAUUCCAUGAUUAGAAGUUACCUGUGGAUAUUUGUAUAGGAGUGUGAAAUAAAUUUUUUUGAAUUAAA